AUGUGUCAAAAGUCCAGCUACGAAAAGCGCUGUGAAGACUGCAACUCCAGAGUCAUCAUCCACGUCGUGACCCAUCAAACAUGCAACGGCAAGCCGCCAGUGCACACGACCAAGGCAGAGGAAGAGAAACGCAGGACCAAGGGCUACGACAUACCCUAUCGCCAGGAUCGCUUCAUAUGCCAGCGCAGAAUACGGCCCUACAAGAAAUACUGGUCCUACGUCGGAUCGGACGCCUGCUGGCAUUGCAGUCUUCGCAAGCAAAAGAUAGAAGUGGAGCGAAAGAUCAUAAACCUUCGUGGGAAUGAAAGUCGAAUGGGAGCAGAGCUUCAGCUUUAUACGAAGAGGGAAGGUCUCGAGUAUUUGUCCCAACGAAAUCUGUCAGACGACCCAACCGCCUCCGACGUUUCACCUACUACAAGCGACGAACAGCCUUCAUAUCCUACAGCGAUGGAUAAAGGCAAGGGGAGAGCAGGCCCAGAGGAUCUGUCAUCAGAGGCUUCUAGGUCUUCCCCAUUCCUUGGACCGAACCGAAAGGGGACUAUAUACACUGAUUCUGAUGCUCGCAAAGCGGAGGAUAGUGAGAGCAGUGAGCUCAGUGAGAUCAGUGAGCUCAGCGAGAUGGAGCUGGAGGAGAUUGGUGAGGACGAGGAGGAUAUUGAGAUGGGGGACGAUGGUGAGAUAGAGGAGGAUGACGAGAUGGAGGAGAUUGGUGAGAACGAGGAGGAUGUUGAGAUGGGGGAGGAUGGUGAGGUUGAGGAGGAAAGUCAGAGCAGUGAGGAGAGUCAGAGCAGUGAGGAGAGUGAGAGUAGUGAGGAGAGUGAGAGCAGUGAGGAGAGUGAGAGCAGUGAGGAGCCUAUGGUACCAUAUGCCGAGUCGACCCGUACAAGAGAUGCAACAAUUGCAACUCUGGCUGAAUGGAUGGCCAGGAGGCGCAGGAGGCGCAUGAGGCGCUGGAGGCGUAUGAGGCUCAGGAUUAACCAGUCAUAA